AUGGAUCAGGGAGCCACCUUGCGACAUUUUGCUAAGAAGGUGGUGAAUCUUAGCAGUGGUUUACUCUUAGCUAGGCUUCCGAUCCCGAAAAGUCGGAAUGUCGGAUGUGUCGAACUCCUUCUCAGCUUGGGAGACCUUGCCGGAGGUCCGCUGUUCAUCGCAGUUAGACGACCAGAGUCACCUCCACGCCACUAUGAGGCGAUGUUUCGAUCGCUGUUCGUCCUUCUUGCAAGCGGAGCAGUCACCGUCACCUCGAAGUGUGUGGAUGGCAAGGAUAACGUGAUCACAUUCCACGAUACAACUAACGGCAUAGAAGAAGAUGUUGAAGAAAUUGAAAGAGCCGUUACCCCUCGAAAAACCAAGAGGGGAAAGCGAGACGAUCUGCAGGGCAUUAGGGGAUUUGCAAUCCUCUUCGUACUUUUGAUGCAUCUUAAGCCUGAUUCGUUUCGACUUGGUUUCAUCGGCGUAGACAUAUUCUUUGUAUUGUCCGGGUUCCUAAUCACCAAAAUCCUCCUUGGAAAAAAGUUGUCGUCAAAUUCAAUCGGCACUUUCUACCUACGAAGGUUCAAAAGGAUUGUACCGCUGUACAUGAUGUUAGCAACUGCUACGUACAUAUAUGGUAACUUUUACCUACUCCUUCCUGAUCGCAAGCAAAUUGUUGAUGAUCUUGCUUGGGUGUGCACGUACUCCUCCAACAUCCAACCAAUUUUUGAAAAGUUAGGCUACUGGGAUCAGCUGUCGACCUAUCGCUUCUUUGUACACACCUGGUCAUUGGCUGUAGAGUUGCAGUAUUAUUUGAUAGCACCUGUGUUGAUGGGAAUUGCGUCAUGCUGUGAACAAAACACUCGUCGGAUUCUCUUCUUCUGCUUAGCAGCGUUCUCUAUUGUCUUCCAACUUCUCAGUCCGCCAAAGAUAGCUUAUGGCUUCCUAUUGUCUCGAACAUGGCAAUUUAUGUGUGGAUCCAUAGCAUAUGAAUAUUUGGAAGGACGACAAACGGCAAAUACUUAUCAACUCUUAUCACACCAAGACAAUGACGAGCCACACCGUACGACACGAAGAGUUCCACAAAAACGCGCUCCUGCUCUACAUGAUACUGCUUUCACUACAGCAAUCUUCUUCACUCUGCUCCAGUUAGUAUUGGUUAGUCCUGAUUUUGUGUCAGACGAUGUCGCCAGAAUUUUCUCGACUCUUCUUGCGGGUAUUACCAUAUACGUCAACUCAAACUCUCUUUGCCUCGCUAAUCCAGUUAUUGUAUACUGUGGCGACAUAUCCUACGUCCUUUACCUUAUUCACUGGCCGGUUAUAGUGGCAGCUCGCUACUACACGGAUACUCAACAACUCAGCAUCGGAGCUACCAUCGUUGUGCUGCUCGUCAGCUUUGGAGUGUCAAUAGUCGUUCACCAUUCUGCUGAGAAAUUCUUUAUUGCCAGUGGAGUGUUGCCGGCGUUAAUAUGUGUGGCUGCCUGCUACAUCUUUGUAUUUGGCACCGAGACUGAGUAUCUGAAGAGUCCACCACUUGAAAGCAUUGACCCCAACUCAUCGAAAAUCAAAUAUGCUAUCGAGUGGAAUUUGCGCGAAGAUCGAAAAGUUUUUUUCCAACUGCCGUGCGAUGCGGAUAAUGACACUCAACUUUAUACAAAGUACAAGGGAGAACCUCAGCUCCGAUGCGUUGCGAAAGGUAACGGCACCGCUAACGUUCUGCUGAUAGGAAACUCGAUAGCGUACAGAGCGUAUCCGCUGAUCCACGACAUUAUGAAAGGACGUUUCAGCACGCUCAGACUCUUCGCCAGAAGCUCUUGCCCGGCUUUAUCAAACUGGUGCAAAGAAUUUUCAUCUGCGACGAGGAGCGUUGUACAACAUGUGAAACCUGACAUUCUAAUGAAUAUACACCAUUCUACGCACCCUCCCUUCGUAGCUCCGAUCACGGAUCUCAAGUCGGAUCUCAUUUUCAACCAAUUUCAAGCAAACGUGGAUUUCUUCAGUAAAUACUCGAAGUAUAUUGUGAUCGACAUGCCGUACUACAAAUACCCAGUACUGAGAACUGGAGCAGUUUUGGCUAAACGAUUCCAACAAGGUCUUCCUCCUGGCGACGACCUCGUUGUGACGUGGGAGCAAUAUAUAAACCAAACUCAGUAUCACAGAAGGCGAAUAAGUUCGAUUAAAUGCAAAAAGUGCAUCAUAAAUGACGUAGCUGAUUAA